GCCUCUCUCUCUCUCUCUCUCUCUCUCUCCCCCGCCCACCAGUUGGUUCCUGCUUCGUUUUAUGUGGUGAUAAUAAGAGCAGAGACGAACCGGGAAAGACGGCCUUAUCAGCCCCCUUUCUCUCAAGAUUUGGUGUUUUCCUGUUGCAUCUUCUAAUCCUGCAGUUUCAGUCUCUUACGACGACCAUGCUCCACCUGAUGACAGGGCGCGCGGCAAGUCUGGUGGCCAGGCGCGCGACAGUGGCCUUCAGUACCAGCAGCGCGAGGAUGGCGAGUCACGGUCCAGAUGUGGCGGGGUCUGUGGACAUGUCUCAGCCGAUGUACUCAGACCGUCUGGACACCCCUCUGCCCGACAAACCCUACAAAGACGUCCUGACCGCUGCUGACAAGAGCCUGAAACAGAAGGAGACGGGGCCAUGGGGCCAGCUGACCGACGAGGAGAAGCUGGCCUUGUAUCGGCUCGCAUUCAAUCAGACCUACGUAGAGAUGAAGAAGCCGUCAGCAGAAUGGAAGACUGUCUUUGGGGGUAUCUUCAUCUUUUUGGGAUUCACUGGCCUGGUGGUCUGGUGGCAGAGACUCUACGUCUUCCCUCACCGUCCCAGGACCUUUGAAGAGGAGUGGCAGGCCAAACAGUUAAAGAGGACGUUGGACAUGAGGAUGAACCCCAUCGAGGGCUUCGCCGCCAAGUGGGACUACGAGAAGGGCCAGUGGAAGUAAAGAGAGGCUGAGGGGCUGAGGUGGCACCGGGUCCGGACCUGUCCCCUCAGAGCGCGGAUCCGUCUCAAUCUGAAUGUUCUAUUCUAUCUGCCAUAAAGAAGCUUCUCCACCGUCUACAUCCCUGGGGUCAUUUGACUCUGUGCCACCUCCGGCUCCCAGUCAGGAGCCUCUUAUCUGUCCGUCCUGUUGAGACCUCAUAAUAAUAAAGUUUUGCUUAUGCCUCCGUCCAA